UCUAUCUACAAGAUAUCCACGGCAAAAAAAAAGAUAAGAGCAAAGAAGACAACUUCGUCUUUGAAACCACAAAAACAAAAAACGACAACAUGCUUUUAACUGUACAGAGAUCUACCAGAUGCCUGUCUGUUUUGUCUACUGCUCGAGGACUCCAUAAGUCUGCACUAGAUGUGGCCGAGCGCCCUGCCCCUGAGGAGUCCGUGACCAGCAGCUUUGGCAGGUUCAUUCAGAGCGUGCAGCCAAGACAUCUGUCCCCAACCGUGCUGCAGCGCAGCAAACGUAUGGUGCUGGACAGCAUCGGUGUUGGGCUUUUAGGGAGCACAACCGAUGUAUUUGAACUAGCCCUGCAACACUGCCAGCAUAUGUAUGCUUCCGAUGACAUCAGCUUCGUCUAUGGGCGCCAAGGCGUGAAGCUCUCCCCAACCCUUGCAGCCUUUGUCAAUGGCAUAGCAACUCACUCAAUGGACUUUGACGACACUUGGCAUCCUGCGACCCACCCCUCUGGAGCAGUACUCCCUGCCCUGCUGGCAAUAAUUGGCAUGUUGCCCAACAACAGCAAACCAAGUGGCCUUGACUUUCUCACCGCCUUCAAUGUGGGUAUCGAAAUACAGGGUCGACUCAUGAGAUUCUCCAAUAAGGCUCACAACAUCCCUAAGAGGUUUCAUCCACCCAGUGUUGUGGGCACCCUGGGUAGUGCUGCAGCCUGUGCCCGCCUCCUCUCUCUGGACCACAACCAGUGCAGUAAUGCACUGGCCAUCGCUGCAUCGCUGGCAGGUGCACCAAUGGCUAACGCUGCAACUCAGUCCAAACCGCUCCACAUUGGUAAUGCAUCUCGUCUUGGUCUUGAAGCAGCUCUGCUGGCAUCUCGCAGGCUUGAAGCAAGUCCUCUGGUCCUGGAUGCAGUUCCUGGGGUAGCUGGUUUCAGUGCUUUCUACGAAGACUACGCCCCACACCCCAUAAGUUCCCCUGACGAGGAAGAGCAUAGCUUCCUGCUGGAAAGUCAAGACAUUGCUUUCAAACGCUUUCCCGCCCACCUCGGAAUGCACUGGGUUGCCGAUGCUGCCGCCAUUGUGCACAAGGCCCUGGUUGGCCUUAGAGGUGGAAGCAUCUCUCCAAACUUGGUGCAGGACAUCUUGCUCAGGGUUCCGAUCUCUAAGUACAUCAACCGUCCCUUCCCAGAGUCGGAGCACGAGGCGCGACACUCAUUUCAGUUCAACGCAUGCACUGCCCUGUUGGAUGGUGAGGUGACGGUGCAGUCGUUCCACUCUGACGCCCUCCACCGGCCUGAACUACAUGCGCUCCUGUCUCGAGUCCGCUUGGAGCACCCACACGACAACCCGGCCAAUUUCAACAUAAUGUACAGUGAGGUGGAGGUAACCUUGGUGAGUGGAGACGUUCUACGAGGGCGCUGCGACACCUUCUACGGUCACUGGAGGAACCCGCUCAGCGGGGAAAGCCUUCGUAAGAAGUUUCAUAAAAAUGCAGGUGCGGUGCUGGCGCCUGAGAGAGUAGAGAGGCUCAUUAACACUGUAGAAGGCCUGGAGCAUCUAGAUGACUGCAAACCACUACUCGAACAGCUGCAGUAAACAGCAUGGUGCUUUUGUGAUGCAUAAGAUGCCACCGCAAUAAUGUUACAUAAAUCUUGAACUUUUCGUCAAAUGCAAUGCAGCAUUUUGAGUUUGUAUUUAAUUAGUUAGAUGUAGUAGUCGAACAAUGUAGAGUUAUUUCUCUCCAGAAUUGAUGUACUCUAUAUAAAUUAUGUCAGUUCUAAAUUCUUCUUUUGCGUAUUCUGCUAUCUGUUUUCCAUGCAAGUUUUUUAUCAUAUUUAAUGUUUUUCAAAUGUCUAUGACAAUAGUUGGACAUUAGUUUGUAAAUAUAAAUGAAAUUGUUAUGGUAAAUUCUUGAUGACUUGUGCUCUAAUUGUGUUAAUAGCUGUGUUUAAUCGGUGUAUGCU